AUGGUUACAGAUGAACGAAUGGACAUCUUAAGUACGUUUACAAGACAAUUCCUGGCUAUCAGACUGAUUUCGGAUUAUUGCGAGAGGAAAUGGGAAACGAGAACAAACUUCUACAAGAACCCUUCUUUUACAUAUAACAAAGAUUUCGACCUCAACUCAGUUCUUCAAAAUCUAAAAGCUUAUAAUGCUGCCACCGGAAAUCCAACUCCGCCGGAUGAUGAAUCGGCUUCCAGCAAGGGAAAAGGCCCUUACAAUCUAACCGUUGCAAGCGGCGGAGGAUUUCACCUUCCAUGGCUAAAAGACACGAAAUUGAAGAAAUGUUGGAGGGUGAGGGUGAGGGUUCGGCCUCUGGUGGAAGAUUGGUGUUGGGGUGAUGCAAGUAGUGAUUUCUCAGAAAGAGAAGAAACCAAGGAUCCUCUUCCUGAAAGUGUUGGAAAUAUAAACAGUGGCAAUGACGUAAUAAAAGAAAGAAGGUUACAACGGUUUCCUAUUCCUGGAGAGCCUGUAUGUGUGGUGUGUGGCAAAUAUGGGGAAUAUAUAUGUGAUGAGACUGAUGAUGAUAUCUGCAACAUGGAUUGUAAAGCUGAGCUUUUGGACAAUCUAAAAAAUUCUCGGGGGCCUCCAACUCCAAGCAACCAAAUAUUAGUCAAGGGACCUAAAUUUCAAUUGCAAGUUUCUGAAACUGACACUAGGGAUUUCAACCGUCAUCGCUGGUCAACAAAGAUAUCUAUUCUAUCUUCAUAUCAAUGUUGGAAAUGUAAAAAAGCCGGUCAUCUUGCUGAAGAUUGUUUAGUCAUCAUGGAAUCAAAUCCUCAAUCUUUAUCCUCUGCUCAUCAGGCAUCAAGUGUUAUACCUAAGGAUCUUCUUGAACUAUAUAAAAGAUGCCACAAAAUUGGGAAGAAAUACACAGGGGCCGGAUGUAAUGCCUAUAAUAGUUUGUCUAGUUUGGGGGCGUGCCUUGAUUGUAAAAUAACAUUAUGUGAUAGUGGAGGGCACGUGGUGGAGCAUAUCCAAACACACCCUUCCCAUACCAAGUACUACUCUUCCAAGCUCAACCGUCUUGUUAAAUGCUGUAAAUCAAGUUGUAAGGUGACUGAUAUAAAGGAUCUUCUUGCUUGUCACUUUUGCUUCGACAAAGCAUUCGACAAGUUUUAUGACAUGCACAACGCAACCUGGAAAGUAGCAUGA